GAUAGGUUGUGCAAGUUAAUUGGCCAAAACGCAAAAAGAGAAAGAUGGGGUGCGCCUGUUUUCUCUGAAGGGAAGGUGCUUUCAAACCCUCAAAAGCUUCGUUCUCUUCUUCAGGGCAUAGAAGCCAGUCGGGAAGCCGAAAUACUCAGAAGAAUAGUUUGGGAAUUUCAAUUCUCUCUGCUAUUUAGCGUUCAGGCUGUUUCUCUGUCUCUUCCUUGAUGUCUAUGACGGCUACUGCUAUAGUAUCGUUGCCCAAAUUGCCACCAGUGAAAAGAGGUGGCUACAGUUCAGAGACUAAUGUUACCAGAUCCUAUCUACCAAGAGUUUGCUUGCAAUGUUACCCUUAUGACAGAAAAAGAGAAUUACAGAAGACGACUCAUUCAGGAGCACUGAAAUGUACACAUGUUCUUCAUAAUACAAGAUCUCCUCAUGCUCGAGCUGUGACUGUAAUAUGUGCUGCAGCUUUGAAUGCAAAAUGUGGUGCGGAACAAACGCAAACGGUCACGCGCCAGGCUCCUACAAUGACUCAUAUUCCUGGUAAGGAGAAAUCACCACAACUUGAUGAUGGUGGCACUGGAUUUCCACCCCGUGAUGAUGGUGAUGGCGGCGGUGGAGGAGGUGGAGGUGGAGGCAACUGGUCUGGUGGAUUCUUCUUUUUCGGGUUUCUUGCGUUUCUAGGGUUCUUAAAGGACAAGGAAAGUGAAGGAUCUUACAGGGAUAACCGAAGAAGGUGAAGACUAGCGGCCUCCGGUUUCACAAAAAGUGCUUCCCUUCUUCUUCUUCUAUUUUCUUCUUUUGCCGCUUGAUUCUUUAAUACUCAUGUGGCCGCUAUAGAUCAUAGUGGUUGAUUAGUGUAUUGUUCUUGAUUAAGAGAUUGAUCAAUACCAGCAUAAUUUUGUAUCAAUCUACUGUCAAAGCAGAAUGAAAUGAGUACAUAUGAGGAUCCAA